GAGAAGAAUGUGUAUUUGCUGUUGGUCCGGUCAGUGUUUGCCUGUUGGUCGUGAUAACGGACACAAAGAUGGAUGUGAUGGACGCUGUACGUGGGUUUAUUAAGUCACUGCUGUUUCUGCUGCUGUGGUCCAUCUGUGAGGGAAGUGAGUCGGAACUCAAUUCUGUAACCUGCGGGUCUCUGGUCAAACUGCUCAACACCAGACACAACGUCCGCCUGCAUUCCCAUGAUGUCAAAUAUGGCUCAGGCAGUGGACAACAGUCUGUAACCGGCGUGGAGAAUGCAGAUGAUGCCAACAGUUACUGGCAGAUUCGUGGGAGACCUAACCAUCCGUGUCAGCGUGGGGUGGCCAUCAAGUGUGGUGAGGCCAUCCGCAUCACACACAUGAAGACCGGCCGGAACCUUCACACACACCACUUCAGCUCCCCCCUGUCCAGUAACCAGGAGGUCAGUGCCUUUGGGGAGAAUGGUGAGGGUGAUGACCUAGAUGUGUGGACGGUUCAAUGUGAUGGCAUCCAUUGGGAACGUGAUGAGGCUGUGCGCUUCAAACACACAGGCACUGACGUCUUCCUGAGUGUGACAGGCGAACAGUACGGCCACCCUAUACGUGGCCAGCGGGAGGUGCACGGCAUGAGCUCCCCUAACCAGCACAACUGGUGGCGCACCAUGGAGGGUGUCUUUAUCCAGCCCAGCCAGGAGCUGCUGCGCCACGAUGAGCUCUGAUAUGAUCAGUAGAAGACACAAAGCAUGGACAUGUGCGGAGAGUCUUGAGGAUUCCUGUUGCUCUGGUUGGUUUUAUAAUUGCCUGGACCAAAUGUGGGAAUGGUUAUUAUUUGACUACUAGCCCAUCUCUGUGCAUGUGAAGCACUCAGGGUGUUCUGAGCUGAGGAGGAAUUGAUCUUUGAAUAUCAUCAGUGGUACUGUAUGUGGUGUAGGCUCAUUAUAAUAUAUUGGUUUCCUCCUUAUAGGAUUUUUAGGGUAGAAAAAUGCCUAAUUCUGGUCUGCCCCAAAAAUUGAUAAUGUGUUGUCAGUUUAUUUCUAAAGAACAUUAUCAGUUGAAAUUUUGACAGGUUGUGUCUCAAAUAAAACUAUCGUCUUAGUUA